CUUGUCAGCAAAAAGCAUAUGGUCAAGCAGCUUGAAGUUUGGAGAGCCGUUUUGGCUGAGAGUGAAAAGAACGCUCACCGCCUUUGUCCAACAGCGGUCGUGAAGAAAGUCAACCAUGCCAUGUUCCAGUUCCCUGCAUCGUCAAGCGGUUCCCUGGAGCCACUCGACGGGGCAGGGUUCUUCUUCAAGCCAAACCGAGCGGUCACGUGUAACCACGCCUUACCUUCACGGUUUAGGCAAGGGGAUACUGUCUUGGUGCAAGUACCAUCGCUUGAGAGGACCAUGGAACUCAAAGUGCUAGAAAGAGACACGAGACUGGACUUCGCGAUCUUGGAGCCUGUAGACGAACUUGCCCCCGACUUUCUGGAGAUCCUAACCGGAUAUCAACCGUUUCUCGAGGGGAAUGAUCUGGUCCUGUUCACGUUUGUCGACGACUCUCAGCUGCCUCGUGUCCCAGGGGGGUGGAAUAAGUCACCGGCCGUGAUGAAAGCGGUUGGGUUGAGGGUUAGCAGCACCAAGCACCACCUGCUGUUCGAUAGCAACACGUGGACUACAAACGACUGCGGAGCCGCGCUCUUGCUGUUCGACGGACGCGUGGCGGCGCUCAGUGUGGACAGCGUGGCGCAUGCCAAAGACCUCAUUAGGCAGAAGCUCGACAUGGACGAGUCGCUGACGGACCUUGAAAAGUCGAUCCAACGUCUGAUUGGCAGAGUACCGGGGGGGCAGAUCGGGCUCCUCGCAAGCGUCUUCGCCGACAGAUGAGACUCUUCAAGUAAUAGGCUGUUGAGCAAAUUGCUGGGCAAGACAUGCCAUGCGUUGCUGAUACUUCCUCAGAGUGCUUUGUAUGCCAUAAGUAGGGCCCUAAUAUUUUAGCACCUGAUGUUCUCAGUUGAUAACUAUGAUUCGAUAUGACCGAUAGAAGCGCCGUACCGUUAAGCGAGCCAUUACAAUGCUGUCCGGCCG